AUGGCUAUCAAACAAUUUCCAUCAAACGCCGGGGCGCAAACGCAGCAGCAACCCAUUUGUAUGAUGUGUGGAUUGCUGGACCGGUCCAGGAUGUGUCCAGGGUAUGGCCCGCCGUCGAUUUUUGCUGUGGAGGUAAUUACACUGCGGCCAACUGUCACAAUUACGUACAGUACCCAAUUGCUCGCCGAACAGUUGGCAGCAACGCCAGGCCAUCGUCGCUAUAGCAACCCUCCAGCUUUUCAUAUCAUUCAAACCCCAGCCUCCGACGAGCAGCAGAACCACGCCAGAGACGAGAGUUUGUCAAGCACCGGGUCCAUUUACCGCAUCGGGCGAUCCACCGGUUUCAUCCGUCGGCAAAUCUUUGCGCUUGCAAAAUGUGGGGCGGCGGUGGCGGCGGCGGGGGCUUCCCGUUCGGCGGCCACUUCGACGACGACCAUUUCGGGUCCGCGCGCGCGGCGGCCCCAGGGGCUUUUAGGCGGCAGUUUCGAUGCUACCCCGUGUCUUUCAUCGACAAAUCUGAGCUCGAGUCCGGCGGAAAGAUUGUGCUUCCACCGUCCGCCUUGGACACGCUCGCCCGUCUCAACAUAA